ACGAGACGGCGGUGGCACUACAGCGCGGUAAUUGAGCGGAUGGUAGAGCUCGGGCUGCGCCCGGUAAACUGCAUUGUUGCCGUAACGGAUUACAAAAGCUCCACACUGUACGGUAGUGUGCGGAGUUCAACGAAGGGGCGCCACUCUAACAACUCAUCACAUGACAGCUUUGUGUUGACACUCACUUGUAGAGAGAUGAACCUCAACUCUGUUUCCUGAAGAUGUAAUGAAACGAUCGUGGGAAUAAAGAAAAGUUUAUACAGAACAAGAUCAUUGAAGAUGGCGUCCCUUAUUGAUUUUAAUCAUGGCCUUCUGUUUGCUAACCAUACAAAUGGCUCCACUCCAGAAAUUCCUCAAUACCUGGGAUUCAUCAGUUGUGCUGUGUCAGCAACGUUUUAUGGCACAAACUUUAUCCCAGUCAAGAAGUUUGAAACAGGAGAUGGCAUGUUUUUCCAGUGGGUGUUAUGUAGUGCCAUCUUCAUCGUGGGGCUGGUAAUUCAGAUGGUCCGCAUGUCGAGCUUCUACUCGUUUGUGAUGGUUGGAGGAGCUAUCUGGGCUACAGGCAAUAUAUGUGUUGUACCCAUCAUCAAGACGAUAGGUCUUGGACUGGGGCUGUGUGUCUGGGGCUCCAUUAACCUCCUGGUUGGAUGGGCAACUGGCAGGUUUGGCCUUUUUGGGUUGACAGCGUCGAUCCCUAGUGAUAUCGGGAUGAACUAUGCUGGUGUUUCCAUAGCUGUCUUCAGCUCUGUGAUAUAUUCACUGGUCAAGCCGGAAAUCUCGCCAACACGCCUGGAGAUGACGGUAUCGGUAUCUGAGGACACAGAGCCGUUGCUCAACGAGAACCAGGAGAAUAUCCAGACUCGGCGACACAGUGGCUCCCUCUAUGGGUCAAAUUCAGAAGAUAUCCUUGUCUUCAACAAGCGACGGUCUAGCAGCAGUAUGAGCAAAUCAAACGAUAAUGGGGGAGAAUCCAAGAUGGAGGACGACACAUUACUGGAUAAAAUGUCCCCGGUAACAAAGAAGAUUGUGGGGUUGUCGCUGUCCGUCUUCUCUGGCGUGAUGUACGGAGCGCAGUUCAUGCCAGCCAUCUACGUGCAGGAUCACCAUGAACACUAUCGGGCAAGUCAGAACUCCUUGGAUUACGUGUUUGCCCACUUCUGUGGCAUCUACCUCACCAGUACAUUCUACUUCGUGGUGUACAUCAUCUACAAGCGCAACCAGCCACUAGUCUACCCCAAAGUUAUCCUGCCUGGCUUGGUGUCGGGGGCCAUGUGGGGCAUUGCCACGGCAGGAUGGUUCAUCGCUAAUGCAGCACUGUCAGAGCCUGUGUCCUUCCCCAUCAUCUCAACCAUUCCUGGAGGAAUAGCAUUGGCACUUGGAAUAAUUGUGUUUAGAGAAAUUAGGGGUCUUCGCAACAUCCUCAUUUCCUUGGUGGCGAUGUCCUUCACAGUAACCGGAGCUGUUCUAGCUGGGAUGUCCAAAUCAUGAAGAGGACUUAAACUGAACGUUGUUUCGGUCCACUGUUGCCACAGACAUCUUUCAGAAAUAUUAUGAUAAUGUGAUGCUAGAGCAUUGUGAUGCAGCAUUAUAUGUACUGUAAGCUCAGUUUGUUGGCGUUCAAUGAAAUCACAUUCCGUUUGAGGCCAUUAUGUCUUUUCCACUAUGGACAAUGUGAUUGUAUGUGUAUCACAACUACUUAUAGUGCCCAAUAUACAGGGAAACAAAAACGUGACUUUGUCAUUUGAAACCUGGGAUCUGAAACCAGGAUUAUCUCCCUUUGGUCAUUACAUCUUUUUUCCUAAUACCGUAUUUUCUUGAGUAUAGUGCGCACCCAUGUAUAAUGCGCACCCCCCUCUAGCGGGUUCAAUAUUUUGGAAAAAAAGAAAUUUGAAUAUUAUGCGCAGAAA